AUGAUAGAACGAAAUCGAAUUUUUAAACCAAUAUUCAUCCUAUUUGCUUUGACGUUCGAAAGCGUUGCCAAAAUCUGUGAUUUCCCAUCUGAGGAGUCAAAUAAACAAUGUUUUGUGAAGCAGACGCUCGCUUCGCUAGCUCACAGCCCAAACCAAUUAGCCGUUGACAAACUAACUAACACAGUGUAUUUCAGCUUCGACGCCGGUCAGGGAGAAUAUCUACCCGGUGCACUCCAAAUUGACACUAAGAGGCUCACGGUAUUGAAGGGAGUUAAAGACGCGUUCGCUAUAGCAAGUGAUGAAGUGGCCAAUGAGAUAUAUUUUGGAGGCAGCCACGGGGUUUAUAAAUACAAUCCGACGUUCAAGACUCUUAAACGAUUAGAUGUGAGUAAUCUAGAUAUUUGGUGGCUGGUGGUGAAGGAAAGGCUGUACUUCGUGAGGUUUCCAAGCCUGAAAGCCUACUCCUACUCCAACAGGACCGUAAGAGCGAUGCAGGAAAUAAAGCAUACUGUGAACCAAUUUGUUUUUGAUGCUGAAAAUAAUAUAUAUUUUAUUAAUAGCUCUGGUCUAUUUUCUGUCAAACAUAAUGAGAGCGAUGCUUUUCUUGUAAAAAAAUAUCCAAGAUUUUUAGGUAUAGCAACAGAUAACACCAGACAGAUUUAUCUGUCAAGUGAAGAUACAAUUUAUGUUCUGAGUAUAAUCCUGCAAAAGUUAAAAGCAAUUGUGAGCAUUCCAGGUGUUAUGGGGAUGAGUUUUGACAGAGAAAACAACCUUAUAUAUUCCAAUUCUCAGGAAUUAGUACGUUUGACAAGCGUUGUUGCAUAA